AUGAGCUGCAUACUGUUGGCGGUCGCCGCCGUGACCGCGGCACCCAUUCUUGUGCUGCUGCUCGCGCUGGCGCUUCCCCCAAACGUCCCGUCCAAGCUCCAAGCCCUGCCCAACCUAGGCGGACUGUACCUGCAGCUCCUGCGCGCCGCAGUGCGCAAGGGCAAGGUUCCCAAAACCCUUACGGGCCACAAGGAGGUCAAGCUCGCCCUGGCCAGCGCCACGCCCUUUGACACGCAGUGCUACGCCACGUUCCUGCGCCUGGCCGGCUACGACGUGCCGCCCAAGGAUGCCCCCCUCAUGUACCCCAUAGCCGAGAGCUUCCGCCUCAGCAUGCUGGCCAUGAGCCACCCCGACUUCCCCUUCAAUGUGCUGGGCAGUGUGCUGGCACGCAACAGGACGGAGGCGAAGCGGCCGCUGGCCAGCGAAGAGCGCCUGCUCGUGCGCAUCGAUCCCAACUAUGUCAAGAAUGAAAAGGGCGACAUCGAGAUCAUCAUCGAAACCACCGGGGCCACCCCCAACGGCGAGGUGGUGUGGACCAAUUCGCUGACCGUCAUCGUCAUCAACCCCAAGAGGGAGCGCGGGCCGGUCGGCGGCAAGGCGGCAGCCGCGGCGGAGGCCCCGCCAGCGCGGACGCUGCUGGCCACCUGGUCGGUCCCCGGCGACGCGGGGCGCCGCUUCGGGGCGCUCACGGGGGACCGCAAUCCGAUCCACCUCUACUCGUUCACGUCGCAGCUGUUUGGCUUCAAGAGGCCGAUCGCUCACGCCCUGUACCUGGUGGCGCGCCUCGAGGCUGCGUUGGUCAAAGCGGGGCACUCGGCGGCAUACCCCGCUGUGUUUGAUACGGACUUCAAGCGCCCCACCAUGCUGCCCGCCAAGCUGCAGUGCGUUGAGGUCAAGGGCACCAGGCCGCUGCAGUGCGCGAUACUGACGGGCGACGGCAGCAAGGACGUCAUCCUGGGGCGGCUGACCGUGAAGACCGACGGGGAGGGUGGCUCGCGCCGUGCCCAAGAAGCCCAGCCCGCGAUCGGCCUCGGCAGCAUAUGGAGUGCUGCGAACGCCGCAGCCGCGGCUGUGCGCGCGACCGCGACUGACGUCGUGCGCAGCGUGCAGGAGACGGACUGGAAGAACGAGCUCGCGGCCUUCGGCGCCGAGGUGGCGCACGACGCAGAAAAGGUGACGUCAGAAGUCGGUCACAAAGCCCAGGCGCUCGGCCAUAGGGCCAAGGAAGCCGUCCAGCACCUGCCAGAGGCCCUCGAGCUCGCUGCGGCGCCCGACAGCGACAGCGGCGGCGGCCGCGGGAGCGGCGGCGGCAGCGGGGCAGGCGCGGCGGGGCUGGGGGCCGUGGGGGCGUCGAUUUCAAAGCUGGGGUUGAGCAUCAUCAGCGGCGCGAAGGGCGUCGUCGACCAGGUGACUGAUUUAGUGGAGGGCGAGCUGUCGCCGGGCCCCUCCGACGCAAAGCGCGCCGCCAGCGGCCGCUCGCUGUCCGCGGCGCGCGGCGAGCCGGGCCUGCCGCGCGUCGCGUCGCAGGGUGCCAAGUACUCGCGUUUCGAGGCGGAGCUUGCAGCCAUGCAGCGCGACAGCAGCACGUACUGCGACGCGCCGCCCGACGCUGCGGACUACGCCGCCUGGCUCGGCGCGUUUAACCUCGCCUCCGAGGAGGGCCGCGCGUCGUCGCUGCUGGCGGAGAGCGCCAUCGUGUCGGAGCUGCACGCGCGGCUGGUGCCGCUGCUGGUGGCGCGGGAGGAGUUUUGGGCGCGCUACUUCUACAGGCUUCAGAAGCUGCAGCAGCGGGAGGAGCAGCGGCAGCAGCUGGCGGCACGCGCCAAGCAGCAGGUGCAGGCAGACGACGAGCAGAUAGGGUGGGAUGACGACCCUGCCUCCCCGCGCGCGCCCGCCGUCACCUCCGCAGCCGCAGCCGCUGCGGCGCCCGAGGCGAAGGCAGCCGUCGAGAUUACGGCGCCGGCGAGGCUGGCAGACGCGGGGCCGGCGCUGGCAGCGCUGGCGAAACGGGAGGGCGGCAGCUCUGAGGUCGAGCAGCUGGAUCGGGAAGCGGCUGCUGCGCCGCCACGGCGUUCAGAAAUCGAGGCCACCCCUUUGCCGGCGCAGCCCGCGUCGGCGGCCGCGGCCGAGCCUGUCGCCGCGCCGGCUCCCGGGCCGCUGCCGCCGCCAGCCCCCGCUGCCGGCACUCUGGCGGGGCCCGCGCACGCCGCGAUUGCCAAGGCAGCAGCAGCGGCUGCGCCCCUCAGCGCGAGCAGCGGCUUCAGCACGCCGGUGCGCGUCGCGUCGGACGGCGAGGAGUCGGCCGCGGCAGAGGGCGGGCUCCUGCUGGACAGCGCGAGCGACGGGAGCGCCGCUGUGUCCGGCCACCAGCGGGGCUGGGCGGUGGUGUCGGGCGGUGCGAAGGUCAAGGGGUCGCCGGUGCCUGAGGAGCCCGAGGCGUGGGAGGCGUCGGAGGGCGGGGCGGCGGCCAGCCCGCCCGUUGCGGCGGCCGCGGAGGGCGACGGGGAGCGGGCGGCGCAGGCGGGGGCGCAGCGAGGCUCCGCCGGCGGGGUGGCCGCGUCGGCGGCGCAGGCACAGGAGAGCGUAGACGACGAGAUCAGCUGGGGGGACGAAGAAGAGCGGGCGCCGGGCGCUGGUGGAGGCGCGGCGGCGGCGCAGCUUGCGCAGGUCCAGGCGGCUGGGGACGACAAUGGAUGGAGCGACGACUGGGAGUAG